AUAACAAUUGUAAGGUUGAAGAUUGCAAUUCAUUCAUUGAAUAAUAUUCUCUCUACUCUUUCACAGUUAACUUCUUCUUCUUCUUCUUCUUCUUCUUCCUUCUUCCUCUUUCUUUCUUUCUUUCUUUCUUUCUUUCUUGAUUGUGUCUUACAGAACUUGUUAAUGAGGUUCUAAAUCAUUUCAUGGUAUCAGAGCUUUAGAACUAUCGACUCAACAUUCCGAGCAAAUUUAUGAGAAAUCUUGAAGCUAUCUAAUUUCCGCUGAAGAUAGCAGUUGGUAGAAAGUCACAAAUUGAUAACAUUCAAGUCAAGAACAAUUGAAAUUUCAAAGAAUCUCGAUGGCAAACGAUGGUAAUACUUCUGGGUUAGCUGAUCUAAUGGAGUAAUUAGCAUAGUACCAAAAAAUUUGAUAAGUUCAACUCCUUCGCAUGAUAAGAACAAAAUAGACACUCAACCAGUUCAGGGAACAACUCAAACAAUUGGUCAGCAUCAUCCUCUCUUCUUAGGUUUCUCUGAUGUAAGUGGAAUUUCUCUGAUUUCUUUUCAGUUGAUUAGCUCUGAGAAUUACUCAAUAUGGUACAGAUCUAUGUGAUUAGCCUUGUUAGGAAGAAACAAGUUUGGUCUAGUAGAUGGGCUUAGUAAAAAGAAAAAUUUAGAGAAGAAUUCUGGGAACAAUAGGAGAGGGUUAAUACAAUUGUGAUGUCUUGGUUGGUAAAUUCUAUUUCAAGUAGUCUGUUAAGUGAUGUUUUCUAUGCAUCAAAUGCAUGGUUUGUGUGGGAAGAAUUGAAGGAAGGUUGGACAAGAUUAAUGGAUCAAGAACUUAUAAUAUGCAUAGGAAAAUUGCUACUCUAACCGAAGGAACUAAUUAUGUGUCCACAUAUUUCACCAAACUUAAAGGGUUCUGGAAUGAAUUCGUAUCUCUUGGAUGUAAUUGUGAAAAUAUCCAGAGAUAUCUUGGUUUAUCUUCAAAGACAAAAGUUGUAUCAGUUUCUUAUGGGUCUAAAUAAAACAUAUUAGCAGGCUAGAAGUUAAAUCUUACUCAUGUCUCCCUUUCCCUUAAUGAAUAAGGCUUAUGUCAUGAUUAUAAACCACGAGGGACAAAACGUUAGUACUAGUGUUGCAUCUGGAUCGUUAGGUGAUGGACCUUCUAGUUAUCAUGGUGUUGGAUCCUCAAAUCUGGUUGGGACUAUGCCAUCUAGUCAAUAUGAUCCUACAACAUUAUAUGCUGGAAAUGGCCUAAACACAGCAGGUAAUCAGAAGCUUAAGAAAGACUAUAAUCUACAGUGUGAUUUUUGCAAAACGAAAGGGCAUACUAAGGAAAAUCAUUACAAGUUAGUCGGUAAUCCUCCAAGUUUCAAGAAAAGAAAGUUUGGACAAAAUUAUGGAAGAAAGUUUGGACAAAAUUAUGAACCAGGAAAUGGAGGAUCUACAGCUUAUAAUACUUACGGUUGAAAAUCCAACGAUACAGACUCGUGCUACAAAUCAAGAAGGAGAGAAUUUCGUCACUCCAAAUGUAACUGGCUUGUAUCAAGGGAUGGAAAAAGGCACAAUGCCUCAAUUAUCCAACAUGAAUCAGCCUAGAGCUUGUGUUUUCACUCAAGAACAAUACAGUCAGAUCCUGCAGAUGGUGAACAAAAGCAGUGCUUUCUCAGAAAGUGCAAAUGCAUUAGGAUCAGAUGACAUAUCAGGAUCUCUCAAGUGGGAAUGUGAAGGAGAUUGGUAGACAUAAGGAUGUCCUUUACCUACUUGAUAAAUCAAAUUCAUCUAAAACAACUCUAGUUGCUAGUAUUACUCCAGAAUAAGUGUCAGUCUGUGGCAUAAGAGGUUUGGACAUCUGUCAGCUUCUGUAUUACAAAAUUAUUUCCUAAUUCAAAAGAGAAAAUAUAGCUGAUAUAGUGGACAAAUGAUUUGUAUGUCCAAGUGCUAAACAAACUAGGAUUCCAUUCACUAGUAGAAUAAAAUGUACUGAUUGCUUUGAUAUUGUACACAUGGAUGUUUGUGGUCCUUUAAAAUUUCUGCUAUUGAUGGUUACAAAUAUUUCUUUACAAAA